GUGGGAGCAGAUGUCUGCCGGCCAGAGGCUUGCCUUUGCAAUAUGCAUCUUACAAAUAGGUGUUCUGGGUGCUGUGCCCACUCUUGGUUCUGUCAUAAAGGCCAUGCGACAGGAGAAUGAGACACCACUUCCGAUAGACUGCAGAAUGAGCUCCUGGAGCGAAUGGUCAGAAUGUGACCCGUGCCUCAAACAAAUGUUUCGCUCAAGGAACAUUGAGGCCUUUGGACAAUUUAACGGGCAAAAGUGCGUGGAUGCUGUGGGAGACAGACGGCAGUGUGAACCCACUGAGCCCUGCCUGGACCUGGAGGACUGUGGCAAUGACUUUCAAUGUGGCACAGGCAGAUGCAUCAAGAGGCGACUUCUGUGUAAUGGUGACAAUGACUGCGGAGACUUUUCAGAUGAGGAUGAUUGUGAAAGUGAUCCCCGUACCCCCUGCCGUGGGAGAGAAGUGGAAGAAUCUGAACUGGCCCGGACAGCAGGCUUUGGCAUCAACAUUUUAGGGAUGGAUCCCCUAAGCACACCUUUUGACAAUGAGUUCUACAAUGGACUCUGCGACCGAGUUCGGGAUGGAAAUACCUUGGUCUACUACCGCAGACCCUGGAACGUGGCUUCCCUGGCCUACGAAUAUCCAUGGUCACUAAAAAAAACAUUGUUUCAAAUUAUUGCCUGGGGAAAUUCUAAAUUUUAUGAUUUUAAAUUUGAAAUAAUGGCUGUGAAACUCAUAUUUCUUUCCUUCUGCUCUACAAUAAAGGAAAAAGUGUUCCUCCACGUGAAAGGAGUAAUUCAGGUGGGAAGAUUUACAAUGAGAAGUCGGGAUGUCAUGCUGACAACAACUUUCUUGGAUGACAUAAAAGCUCUACCAACUACCUAUGAAAAGGGGGAAUAUUUUGCAUUUUUGGAAACCUACGGAACCCACUACAGUAGCUCUGGGUCUCUAGGAGGAUUCUAUGAACUAAUAUAUGUUUUGGAUAAAGCAACCAUGGAAAAGAAAGGUAUCGAAAUAAAGGAUGUACAGAGAUGCCUCGGGUUUAAUUUGGAUGUUACUCUGAGUGCUGUAUUUGAAGUCACAGGAAGUGUUAAUAAAAACGAUUGUGUAAAGAGGGGUGAAGGUGGAACUGAAACCAUCAAUAGUGAUGACUUCAUAGAUGAUGUUAUUUCACUCAUAAGAGGAGGAACCCAAAAAUAUGCAUAUGAGUUGAAAGAGAAGCUUCUCAAAGGAGCCAAAACGGCUAAUCUGACUGACUUCAUAAAUUGGGCCACUUCCUUAAGUGAUGCUCCAGUACUCAUAAGUCAAAAACUGUCUCCUAUAUAUAAUCUGAUUCCAGUGAAAAUAAAAGACGCACACCUAAAGAAACAGAAUUUGGAAAGAGCCCUAGAAGAUUAUAUCAAUGAAUUCAGUGUGAGGAAAUGCUUCCCAUGCCAACAUGGAGGUACCGCGAUCCUCAUGGAUGGAGAAUGUCUGUGCACCUGCCCAAAGGAGUUUACAGGAAUCGCCUGUGAAACCAGAAGAAGGGAAGAAACUUCCUAAGUGCCUCCUGCAUUCAGAAUUUCCUAAGACUCUAUGGAGGAUGUGAUGGUAAACAGCCCAGGUCUCCCUUCAGGAUCAAGAGCCAUCCCCCCACCUCCUAGGAGUGUCACCUGCUGACAUUUCACAGCUGAGUCUCUCUUCAGGAAUUGCCCUGUAACAAGGAAGUGGUGCCCAAGGUUGUGCUCCCAACCUGAAAAAAGCCCGUAUCUGUUAACUGGUCAAUGUGGUUGGUAUCUGAUGGGCCAUCCCUCUUGUGUCAACUGGGACAACUCUGGAGCAUGAUUCCAGCAUGGGGGCUCCUCUUAUGAUUUGCUGAAGCCUCUGUUGCAAGAGCAUUACAGUUGAACUUCACUUAUUCUCAAUUGCGCUCGCCAUACUCCUAACAUACUUUCCCCCAAAACCCACACUAAUAAAUCUAUUGCAUACAAACUCA